AUCCCAACCGUUAGCUUUUCCCCCAAUGGUGUCCUCUACUGCGCUAGGUCGCCCUCCUCGACAUUCUUCUCUCCCCGUCAGUUUUCCUCUGCCGGACUUCUAUGCCGCUUAGUGGGCUGCUUCGCCGGAUCUUCUUCUUCUGAACUUUUGCAUGAAGUCGUCAAGGAAUCAAGGGCAAGACGUUGAACACUUCUGUCACGGACGGCGGUCACGAAGAUAUUGCGAAGAGGAAAGAUGAAAUAGCCAUCUGGAAAUGGCUCAACAAAGUGUAGAUUCUAAAACUGAGCCUGGUCCAGGCGGCUCUAAAACGGGCUUGCCUAGUGAUAAGCUACUAACUGCUACAGUGAAGAAGACAGCAUUGAGAGAGCUGCCGAAUGAUAACAAGGUCACAGUUUCAGCCUCUAUUGGAAGCUCUUCAAUUUUAAAGGACAAGGGCUGCUGUACUGAUUCUAAGAGAGUUUCUGGCACCAAGAGACCCUCUUCUGAGUUCCCAAUGAAUCACCAUCACCCGCAGUCUCCAGGAAAUAAUGCUGGAAAUGGACAUCUUGUUUAUGUCCGUAGAAAAGCUGAAACAGACUUGGGGAAGAGUUCUGCUUCUGGGAAUCCAAGUAUUAAUGCCUAUUGUCCAAUUUCAAGUUCCAGGCAACCUGGUGAAGAUGAAAUUGCUCGACCAAAAUCCGAGAUAAAGGAGCCAAAAGUCUCUUGUUUUCCUGCUUUUGCACCUUUUCCAAUUACUCCUUCAGUGAGCUCAUCUGGAAAACCUUCAGUUCCUUUUUCAAUUGGGAACUCUGCUAUGAGGUUAGCAACAGUCGAGUCCAGUUUUGCAGCAGCUGGUCCUACUAUUGGCCAUACAAUAGGAUCAAAAAAUGCACACUGGGAGGAGCGAUACCACCGAUUGCAGAUGUUUUUGAGGAAAUUGGACCAAUCUGACCAAGAAGAAUAUAUCCAAAUGCUUCAGUCAAUCUCCUCAAUUGAGCUCAGUAGACAUGCUGUUGAUUUGGAAAAGAGAUCAAUUCAGCUUUCCCUGGAGGAAGCUAAAGAAUUGCAGCGUGUGGCUGUUUUAAAUAUCUUGGGGAAAUCAUUGAAAAACCUCAAAGCACCAGCAGAUAAUCACAACAGUGCAGAGAAGAAGGCAUCAACAUAAGGAAUGCUUGAUUGUAUAUUUCAGUAGCUUUGAAUUUUUUCUUUGAUCUUUCUGUUGAUCAAUUGGAUUUACAUGCUGGGUUUUUCACAGUGAAGAAAGGCCCUUGGCUGUCAAAAGAGGAAAAACGGGGAUUAACUGCUUUUAGUGUGUAUUUUAUUUAUAGCGAUUGUUUACCCUUCAUUGCUAUUCAUUAAAAUGUCAAUUCUCUGCAAUAUGUUUCAAUGGAUAAAUAAUUGUUAACUCUAACAAUUGAUGUAAGUAAUACAUCUUAAACUUGAA